UGCCACAUCAGCAGUGCCACGUCAGACACAGUGCCACGUCAGCAGUGCCACGUCAGCAACAUGAGGGGCCUGCCAGGCCAAUUGGCCAAUGAGCCCAUUGCCGACUACAAAAAGCGCUUCCAGGCUCAGCUCGCUGCAAUCGAGGCUGAGGAACAACGCCAGCUGGCAGUUAAGGCUGCCCAGCUACAGGCUGAAGAAGAGGCAACAGCAGAGAAGCUGCGGCUACAGGCCGAAGCAGACGCAGAUGCCCAGGCUCGCCGCAAGGAAGCCCAGGAUCUGCUGCAGCGGCAUGAAGCCAGCAACAUCGACAGACUCAAGUUCUGGCACUUUGAACCGAACGGCGACGAACCAACACCGGAAGAGAAGCAUAAGGAGUUCAUGGCCAAGCUCGUGACCAGGUUGGUUUAUACUUGUAACCACCUACAGUCCGAGCUGGCGAACCUCCAGCGGGCCGUGCGGAACCAUAAGACUCAGCACGAGGAUGCCACACGGGCACUGGAUGCACGUGUACUGGACCUGGAACAGGCUGUCCCAGGACCAGAUGCUGGGGCUUCCAGCAGUGCAUCCUCUAGCCGCCAACUGGAGGAACGCGUUGACCACGUAGUGGCAAUGCKAGGAGACAUAAGUGCCUUCACAGAGUCGGCCACCAUCAGCCAGCGGUUCGAGUUGCUGGACACUAAGAUCAGUCAGCAACAGCCGACCGACCACAGCCACAACAACAGCUCGGCAAGGCCAUACAAGAUGCCGACGUUCCGGAUCGAGAAAUUUGAUGACUACACACAUCAAGACCCGGCCGUCUGGUGGCAAGGAUUUACAACGGAGUUGGGGAUCCACGAGGUUCCUGACCAUCUGUUCAUCAGUGCUCUGUUCAUCAACACCAAGGGAGGAUGUCAGAUCUGGCUCAGCCACAUGGCAACCAUCCACGGCGUCCAGGUUUCAGACCUGCAUAAGAAGGUCACCUGGGAGGAUAUGACAAAGGAAUGGAAGAAGCGGUUCAUAGUGGAUGACGCACCCGCGCUCGCCAUCAACCGCAUCUUCGCGAUGGCUCAAGGGAGCACACCGACACGUGACUGGCUCACGGAUUGGCAGAAGAUCGUGGCCACGCCCGAUCUGGACUUGCCAUUUCUGCAUCUGCGCCGUGAGUUCUACAACAGGUCAUGCGCCGCUUUUAGUCUCGCACUUGGUGAUCGCGAGCAGUACGACACUUUCGCAGAGAUCAUCAACAAGGCGAGAGAGAUCAUCAAGACCAACAGGGCGGCCGCACACGAGAAGUCAACGUGGCAGCCAACCUAUGUGGCGAAGGUACGAAGUGGUCCGCGACAGCAGCACUUCGCUGCAGUCCAAUCGGACAGUGGAGAAGACCCAGCAGCCACUCCAGCAUCACGUGAGGGAGAUCAGGUGGCUGCUGUCCAGCCGCGAAGCAACAAGCMCCGAGUKAACRGGAAGGCGAAACCARCAUCGCAGGCYGGAAACGGACAGCCAGCACCACCAUGGGUCAAGUUCGGCUUGACCGAGGCCGAGUACAAGUACCGCAACCGAGGUGAGGCGACUCCACCUCUCACUCCGCCAGAUUCGGCCGCCUUGCUAGCGGCCUCCUACACAUCUGGGGAGGAUGCGCAUGUCGCAAGUCCUCGGUACAAUUACGAGGAUUAUGCUGUCCACUUGGUCCCACCGCUGGACCAACCGCUCCACGUGCAACAAUCUACCGCAUGCACGGUUUCAUCACCAUCGGCAACCGAUUCGGCAGCUUCGCCGCUAUCUAUCGCCGGGGUUUCAUCGUCGUGGUCAAGACUUGAGGUGCUCGACCCACUGACGAUCACGGACUUCCAGUGGAUGCCCGUUCCCCCGACCGGACGAUUGCCGAAACCGCAUUGCAAUGUGCUCAUGGCACAACUGCGAGAUUACUUGCACACUGCAGUACCCACUCCGUUGAUGGACGCCGGAGUAGAGGUUGUCGACCUUCACGCCUACAUUGCGAAGAUCGACCGCGAGUUCAAGACGCAACAGUACGACGACAUCAACGCACCAUUGCUAUACGUACGCAUUCAGAUCGGAGAGGCGACCUGCAGCGCCUUGAUCGAUUGCGGAGCUACUCGCAACUACAUCAGCCAAGACUUCAUGGUCCGCGCCGGCCUUCGCCCACGCGUCCGGAGGAAGUCCCAGCCUACGCAAGUCACGUUGGCGGACGGUCGCAUGCACAAGUCAAUUGACCGGUGCAUCGACGACGUCCCUGUGUACUUUGCCCCUCACGCAAGUGAGGCGGUGUACUUCGACAUUCUGGACACCAACUUCGACAUGAUCUUGGGCAUGUCAUGGCUGCGAAGCGAGGAUCACCCGGUGAACUUCUUCCACCGCACCGUUCACAUUCGUGAUCGGAACGGAGUAUUAGUUUCAUGCACGGUACCUCUUCCUCAUCCUUCGAUCAGCUGCCACGUGGUAUCUGCCGCAAGCAUGCGAGCAUCCAUCAUCAAAGACGACAUCGAGGAGAUGGGGGUGUGUUUUCUUCACGCCCUUCCGCCCCGAGACGCUUCAUCGACGGACUCAUCUUCGGAUCCACGCAUCACCGAACUUCUCGACACCUACAGCGACGUGUUCGAAGGCCCGCACGGAGUAGUACCGGAUCGACCCAUCCGCUAUGAGAUCAUCCUCGAGGACAAGGCCGUGCCUCCGCGCGGUUGCAUGUACCGAAUGAGCGAGGAAGAGUUAAGUGUGCUCCGUGCACAACUCGACGAUCUUCUAGAGAAAGGCUGGAUUCGGCCUAGCUCAUCGUCAUACGGUGCUCCUGUUCUCUUCGGCCGAAAGAAGAACAAGGACCUGCGGUUGUGCAUCGAUUAUCGCAAGCUCAACGCGCAGACGAUCAGGAACGCCAGCCCUCUCCCACGCAUCGACGAUCUUCUCGAGCGACUGGGCGGCGCCAAGUCCUUCUCCAAGAUCGAUCUUAAGUCGGGAUAUCACCAACUCGAGAUUCGCAAGGAGGAUCGCUACAAGACCGCGUUUAAGACGCGAUAUGGGCAUUUCGAAUGGCUGGUCAUGCCAUUUGGCCUUACGAAUGACCCAACCACUUUCCAAGCGGCUAUGACAACGGAGUUCCGACACAUGCUCGAUCGUUACGUACUUAUCUACCUCGACGACAUCCUGGUAUACAGCCGGAGUUUGGAGGAGCAUGUGGAACACCUGCGCACCGUUUUGGAGCGGCUACGUCAAGCCAAGUACAAAGCCAACCGCGACAAGUGCGAAUUCGCGCGGCAGGAGCUGGGGUACUUGGGACAUUAUGUGGCGCCGCAAGGCAUCCGUCCGCUUGCGGACAAGAUUGAGGCCCUACGAGUAUGGCCCGAGCCCACCAACACCACGGACGUUCGUUCAUUCAUAGGGUUGGCGGGCUACUAUCAGCGAUUCAUCACUGGAUACUCCAGGAUUGCUGCACCUAUGAAGAGGUUACAGUCGCCAAAGGUGCCAUUCGUAUUCGAUGACAACGCGCGAUGGUCAUUCCAAGCACUUAAGACGGCUAUGCUUAUGGCACCCGUCCUUAGCAUCUAUGACCCCACCCUGCCGACGAGAGUGACUACGGACGCUUCCGGCUACGGUAUUGGGGCAGUCUUGGAACAGCACGACGGCGAUGACUGGCACCCUGUGGAGUAUUUCAGACACAAAGUGCCUCCCAUCAACUCGCUUGAUGAUGCAAGGAAGAAGGAGCUACUCGCGUUCAUCAUGGCUCUCAAGCGAUUGCGGCACUUCCUCCUUGGGCGUCGUAGGUUCACAUGGGUUACGGACAACAAUCCAUUGACCUAUUACAAGACGCAGGAUACGGUGAGUAGCACGAUCGGACGAUGGAUGUACUUCAUCGACCAAUUUGACUUCACACCGAAACAUCUACCCGGCCUCUCAAAUCGCGCAGCAGAUGCACUCUCGCGAAGACCCGAUCUUUGCGCCAUUACACAUCAUGCCUUUGCAUUCGACGAGGAGCUUCAGCGACACUUCAUCCGGGCAUAUGAGUCUGAUCCGGACUUCGCCACGCUGUACGCACAACUAUCUUCGGAUCACCCGCCGGCCAGCCACUAUCGCAUCGCCGACGGAUACUUGCUCCUCCACUCGAGAGGCAAGGACUUAUUGUGUGUCCCACGCAACCGUCGUCUUCGGACUCGCCUCCUCGACGAGUAUCAUGAUGCACGACUCGACGGCCAUUUCGGAGUCAACCAUACUAUUGCACGGCUUCGACAGCGAUUCCGAUGGCCCGACCUCAUUACCGAUGUCACUCGGUAUUGCGACUCGUGCGAAGUUUGCCGACGCAGCAAACCCCUCAACCGCAAUCCCUAUGGCGAGUUACACCGGAUGCCUAUCCCACGGGAACCCGGUCUCUCCAUUGCCAUGGACGUCACCGGUCCGUUUCCUCGCGACCGGCUAGGGCACGACGGCAUCCUUACGGUUGUGGACCGAUUGAGUAAGUACGCUCGUUUUCUCCCUUGCGAGUUCUACUCCACGGCUCCCGAGCUGGCACGCCUCCUGCACACUAGUUGGAUUUGUGGCCACGGUGUACCAGAAGACAUUGUUAGCGACCGCGACACUCGUUUCAUGUCGGCGUUUUGGACUGCUCUCAUGCAGGAGUCCGGCACAACAAUGAAACCAAGUUCGGCUCGGCAUCCUCAGACAGACGGGCAGACGGAGCGGGCACAUCAAACCGCUCAAAUGAUGCUUCGAACGCUCAUCCGUCCGGACCAGAAAGAUUGGGUUGACCGCCUCCCCGACAUCGAGUUCGCCUACAACACUUUCGUGCACCCGAUCGGCGUGACUCCAUUCGAGUUGCACCACGGUGGAUGGAAAGGCCGUAUCUUCGUCGACCUUCUCCUCCCUCGACCAGCCGACAUUGACGCUGCCUGCUCUCCCGCUUCCGUCCGGAAGUACAGGGAAUUGUUGACUCAAGCCCGCGCAAACAUGCAAAAGGCUCAAGUCCGCAUGCAGCAGCAAGCCAACAGGCGUCGCGUACCAUGUCCCAUCCGCCUCAGUGAUCUGGUUUGGGUCUCCUCGGAAGAGUUUGCACUGGAAUAGGACGUUUCACGCAAACUACCUCUCAAGUGGUUUGGACCUUGGUCUGUGACAGCAGUCGUGGGCGAUGAGCCUGAUGGCCCUUCAUUUGUGAUCAACAUUCCAGAGCAUUUGACGGUCCAUCCGGUCUUCCACGCCUCGAAGAUGGCAACAUACACGCCAGCCAAGAGCGACGACUUUCCGGGCCAACGAUCGC